GGUAACUUCAUUGGCCCUAAGAAGUUUCCAGUACAUACAGUCACAUCUCUACUUAAACACAGGCUGUUAGGGAAAAAAAAAACAAAACGAAAAACCAGUUUGAUCGGAUGUUGAACCUGUCUAUCCAUUGAGAUUUGAGAGAGAAGAUCUGAUCACCUGAGUUGUUAGAGGAACCAUUUUAUCUCCAAAAAUGUUGGAGGAAGAUAUGGAAGUCGCCAUUAAGAUGGUGGUUGUAGGGAACGGAGCAGUUGGAAAAUCAAGUAUGAUUCAGCGAUACUGCAAAGGCAUCUUUACAAAAGACUACAAGAAAACCAUUGGAGUUGAUUUUUUGGAGCGACAAAUUCAAGUCAAUGAUGAGGAUGUCAGACUGAUGUUAUGGGAUACUGCUGGCCAAGAGGAAUUUGAUGCAAUAACAAAGGCCUACUAUCGAGGAGCCCAGGCUUGUGUGCUUGUAUUUUCUACCACAGACAGGGAAUCUUUUGAAGCAAUUUCCAGUUGGAGAGAGAAAGUAGUAGCUGAAGUUGGCGAUAUACCAACUGUACUAGUACAGAACAAGAUUGACCUCUUGGAUGAAUCUUGUAUAAAGAAUGAGGAAGCUGAGGCACUGGCAAAAAGGUUAAAGUUGAGAUUCUACAGAACAUCAGUGAAGGAAGAUCUAAAUGUGAAUGAAGUUUUUAAAUAUUUGGCUGAAAAAUAUCUUCAGAAACUCAAACAACAAAUAGCUGAGGAUCCAAAACUAAUGCAUUCAAGUAGUAACAAAAUUGGUGUCUUUAAUACAUCUGGUGGAAGUCACUUGGGUCAGAAUUCAAGCACCCUUAAUGGUGGAGAUGUCAUCAAUCUUAGACCCAACAAACAAAGGACCAAGAAAAACAGAAAUCCUUUUAGCAGCUGUAGCAUACCCUAAGACAUUUUGGGGUGAAAAAGUUGAAUUACAUUGUGCAAUUCAGUAAGAAACACAUCCAGCUGUCAUGGCGUGUUGCAAGUUUUUUUUUUUAGCAGACUUUGCACCUAAUAGCUCUCUGAAAAUUGAGGGAUUUAAAUAUUGUUCUGCAGUACUUCUGGGAAUGUAGUGAGACCUCUGGUGGAAGAAUUGCUGCCCUGUGGACUCAUCUUUAUUUCUGACAUUAGACAAAGCUUCUCCUGUUUUUGAUGUAUUCCUCUUGUAUGUUUUAUCUUGUUUUGUUUUCUUAGGUCCUCAUCUGUGUCAUGCCACAUCCUCUCAUUCAGAUUACUGUUGAGAAAGAACAUAAUAGACUGCCCUGGGAUGUGUCAUUAAAUGGUCAGGAUGAAUGAAUGUGUGCUUUUCAUACUAUGGAAAUAAUCGGCAUUAUCUAUUUCAAAGUAAUAUAAAAUGUUUAUUUUUAUGUCACCAGUUGUCACCACUCCCAUUGCUGGCAGUGGGAUAGGUGUUGGGGAAAAAAUCUCAGUUCCUAACAAAGGAUACCUGCUAGUGAGUCAUCUUUUCUACUCAAAAUACAGUCUCCUUAAUUUUUCACACAAAAUAUAUUUUGCAGCAGAUAAUCUUAUGGCCUUUAUUAGCAUAAAAAUUAUUAUAUAGUAUGUCAUAGUUUUAUUCUAUAUUAAUCAAAUGUGUGUGGGUCAAAGUGUUUCAUUUCUAUUAAAAAAUGUUUUUGAAGAAAUGCUGUAAGAAAUGUCAAAAACUGAUUUUGCUGAAUUUUAAAUGCUGGAAAAUAAAUGAAAUGCCUAAAUAUAUUGGUACAGAUUUUAGUAUUUUGGAUCAAGGAAAGACAGGAAGUGUCCUUUUUCUGGAAGAUACCAAAAAAAAAAAAAAUGCUGAAAGGUAACCCCUAAAUCUUGCCAGAUUGCAUUAGUGUGUAUUUUGGCAAUGUUACUUGUGCAAUAUCUGUUUCAUGUAUCAUGUGGAGGUAUGCAUGUAGAUACCUGGUACUGGAGUGAACUGAAGGUAUGUGCAGUAUUUAAUGAAACAAAUUCUCAAUUCAUUCAUGACACCAUUAACACAUGUGUCUGUGCUUUUUUCGUUUUGUUUUCUUUUUCAAUGAAAAGUUCCCUACAUACAUUUUGCAACAUGAGCUUCGAUUUAAGUGUUUUGUGCCAAAAAUAAACCUAAUUUUUCAGUGCUUUACUAUAAGAAUUUAUAUUGUUUAUAAUAUCUUUUUAAAGCAGUUUUCCUCUCUGACAGGUAUAUAAAAGAGGAGUAUAAACAUUUUAAAGUUGGAGCAUUUCCCAGGUGAGACUUUUGUAAAGCCUUUUCUGUAUGGCCACCUGUAAGCCUGGUGAGCUCAGGCUGUCCCAAGACUAGCCAAGUCUUUGAGAAGGCACACACUGUCUGCAGUCACUCAGGAGGUCCUGGGAAGUGUGGUAGCACAUCUAGCACCUUUUGCUGCUGAGAACCCAACUUUGAACGUUUAAGGUUAUGCUGACCAUUUUUUAAAAUGCAUAAAAGAUGACCUUUAGUUCUAAUCCAAAUUAAGGAUUUUUAAAAUGCUCUGCAAUGCUAAAGCAUCCUUUUGUUUACAGAUUUUUAUAUGGUAUUUUAAGAUUAUCACUUAAAAAUUUCUAUAAUCCUUGGAUUGUAUAGCACCUUCCUCAAGAGCUCUGUCAGCAUCACAUACAAAAUAAAUUGUUUUUAAGGAAUGAUUUAAUAUGUAAUCAUGUGUCAGAGCAUCAAUUUUGUAACAUGGGGUGUAGGUUUACAACUAAGAUAGUUGCAUAAACUCUGUUAAAACUGAUUAUCAUUCAUCAGUGGUUUUGUUUUUAACCAGUACAUAAUUCCCUUUCAAUGAUCUGUUUUUUACAAGUUUUUCAUAAUAUGUAAACAUAACUUGGAAGAUGCCUUUUUUAUGUGCCCAAAGUUGACAGCUCACAUAUAAUUUUUCGAAAUGAAGCUAACACUACCAAAAAGAGAAUGAACAACUUUCCUCGUUUGUACAGUAAAAAGCUAUUGGCUUCAGAGUUGACAGUGUAGUGCUUAGAAAGACCUCUCAGUAAUGUGUCCUCCAUUGUGCCUGUAACUUUUAGGGCCUGAGACCUUUUGUGAAGAUCUUAGAAUGAGGAGUUGGCUUUAGGAGCUCAUGUCUCAACUUAAAAGGGUUGUACAUUCUUAAUGUAAGAUAUUGUUAAUUGUCAGCAUCCUCAAAAUCUUUGAAAUGGUUUCUGAUAACCUGCUGAAAUAUUCCCCAUUAAUCAUUAGCUUAUCUGUUUCUCUGAAAACAGAAUGAACUGAUGGGGUAAAAUCUUGUCCCACACUGCACAGUCAUCUAAAGAACAGAUAGAUUUACUCAAUUUUAACUAUUAAUUACAAAUAUAUGUAAUAUUGUCACUCUUUAGGUGUAACCUAUAAAACAUGUAAAUCUAUCAUACAAAUAAAUUUAUUUGCUUGUAAUCACAAUGGACUCUGAAAUACCAAUUCCCAAAUUCCUGGACAACUGGAUGAUUUGGCUACAGUAAUCUUUAUUAUGCGGUGGUUCUUUUUUUCUCUUUUGAAAUAGCUACAGUAAGAUGUUGGGAAAUAAUCUUUUAAAAAUAAAAACUUUGGAUUAAAAGGCAAAUUGAAGCUCUCCUAUAUUUUUGUUACUAAUAAAAACAGUAAUUUUGUAAAUUUUAAUGGAAAACCACUUAUGUGUAUUGUACUGAGUUGCAAUUAUGCCCUCAAACUUAAAGUAUACUGCUUGAUAAAAUUUUAUGAGAUUAAUUCCAGUAAACAAAAAAUAAAUGCAUCUACAAUUUUGCCUGGCAUGUGUGAUGUGUGGAACUACUGUGGAACUAAAUAGUAAAAAGUGUAUACUGGGGGCCAGUAGAUGAUGUGGUGGUGAAGG